AAGGUGCUUGUGGCCCCGAUCAUCUUGAUCGCAAUCUGCGCCAACUCGCCGUACUUGCAGUCGCCGUACGUCUUCCGAGCUGCGAGUGAGAGCUUCCUGGGGUACGAGAAGCUGAACAGUGACGUCACGUACGACUGCCCAGAAUGCGGGGUCACUUGCAAGCGUUCGGUGCUGCAGCUGGCUCAAUUCAAGCAAGACCCGAUGAUGGGGAAGCCGGCCUUUGGCACGUUGCGUACCGAUUCCUUCGAGGGUUACAACAACACAUUGAGCGCCAGUGCAGAAGCCUUGAUCGAAGAGCUCGACAGUUCCGGUGCAAUCUGUGGCGAUGGAGAUUCAGAUUGGGAGGACUCGCUCAUUUUCAUUUCGGCGGAACCAAAGCUGAUCGUCAAGGCGGUGCAGGUGCUUGGACUGCCGGUGUCCAACGACAUGGUUGCCGAAGUCACCGCGGCCGUGACAGGUAGCUGCGACUCACGCUGGACAAUUGAGGCCCGGCUGAAGACGUUCAUGUUCCAGCCCAUUCCGCACAUUAACGAGUUCUCGUCCAUUCUGGCCGCCGACCUGACUAUUUUCCCGGAGUCGUUGAAUUGCCGCAAGGAGGUUGCCAACUACGAUAGCGGCACCGCGCUAACCCGAGCAUUUGUGUCGGAAGGACUCGACCAAACCAGAAAUGCUCCCACGACGCUGCGGCUGUUCCCGUACAACUUCCCCUGCGUCAUCAACACGGUCGGAAGGACUGUUGCGCCAGUAAGUGACGUGGAGUCCACCGAUGUCGUCGUUCAGCCGAUGCUUCGUGGAUACUACGGUGGUUGCUUUGUUCACCUCGUGAAUACGUCCGGUAUCUACAUCGACGAAAACUGCGAGAUUAGCUCGUUGUGGAUCGAUUACGGCUUGAUGCUCCAAGCUCCCGAUGAUAUCCCGCUAUGCAGCACUGAGGGCGUCUGCGUUCACAACUACUACAAUUCACAGUGGGAAUGGGUGUCGACAGAGGACGGAGUCAUCAUCAAGAUGAGCCACAACACGAUCCGGUCGCGGUAUGCUGACAAGGUCGAGAUGAGUGUUCUGCCGGGCAUUGUGAUCAUGCAAAUUCUCUUGAUGAGCAUGCUGAGCAUGUACCAAGUAAUGAGUCAGAAGCAGUCCGUGCUGCUCAGCCAGAUCUGGGCUUACCGCUGCCAAAAUGGUCGUAUGCAAGCGAUGUACCUGCUCCAGAUUGCCUACCACUUGUACCGCGAGUCCGACACAUACUACUUGGCGCUCGGCACGGGUACGAUGUCCGUGGAGUGCGUGUGGAACCUCACUUUCUGUGUGAUGGCCUUCUCGUACAGUUUUGUGAACAUCGUCAAGAGCCGCACGGGUGAGCAGCAACUGGAUCGCCACUUUCGCCUUUCCUGGGAGAUGGUUCUCCUCAUUGUCACGGCCAUCGUCGCCAACGCGCUCAUCUCAAUUCGCUACACCAGCCUGAGCUACAUCUUUGACAUCAACUCGAAGACUCUGCUGAGAAAUGGUGCUGGCGCCGGGAUCUGCAAGCUCACGGACUCUUGUGUCGUUUUCAGCGUGAACAUCGCUCUUGUGAUCGCCGCGUUAGCCAUGGUCGUGUGGGGAGCGACAGCCUCUGUUGCCUACGGCUUGCGAACUCGUCACGACCCCCACCCUAUCGAGGACUUGAAGGCCUGGUUCAUCUCGUGGAAAGUUGCAUUUGAAGUCACGCUUCGACCUCCGCCAAAGACUAAAGCGAAGACGCUCAGCCACGGAGCCUCCGUCGUGAACCUGACAGAUGCGACAUCGUUCGAGUGCUACUGCAUCGGUGAGCACUUCCGGUUCAUGUUCAACGACUGCGAAGACAUCUCCCACGUGAAGAAGAACAAUCUUCGCGUCCCGACUGCCGAGGCGGUGCUGCUGUCUGGUUUCGUGUACCGCGGCAAAUAUCUAUACCGUGCAGACGAUGUGAUCCUACUUCUGUUCACACGUUUCGCGCCGAACUUCAUUCUGAGGACGUUCAACGUGCUGAUCGUACGCUGGGACGUGAAUCCGACGACGUACGCAGUUUCGCGCCCUACCGUCUGCUUGUGG